AUGGCAUCGGCCUCGUCCAGCCCGCCUCAUGAUGAUAAUCCCUUCGAUCUGGGUCCCAGGACCCCUUCCGGCUUAGCCAGAGGAGCGCGUGUCGCCCUUCUGCGCAACAGCCCCGCCACCCGUGAGGGCGAGAUUGGCGUCUCGCGCUCUGCGCUACGGACGGCAUACACGCCGUCAUCGCCGCUGCACGCGGUUUCCUAUGCUGCAGCCACGGAAGGAGCUCAGCGCGCUGUCCAUUUCGACUCUAGUGAACCUGACCCGCAACCCAGUGACGGCCCGGUCUCAAUCGCCGAUGCCGCCGACAAGCUCGUUGUUGCCCAGAACGAGGUCUAUAGCGCCAAAUUAGCCGUGUUCAGAGCAUUCUGCUCCUCAUUCGACGACACGGCGAAACAGUUCACUUCUGGACCCGCACUUCAAUUCGCCCAGAAGUUUUCCAGCAGCUUCCUGCAGUACUGGACCGACGUACUCGCCGGCACGCACACCAACCUCCCUCCGACGAAGCCCUCCUACGCAUCUGCCGUCGCCGCCAGACGCCCAGCCCCAGCUGCUGCGGGGACCACCGCAGACCCUGUCAGCGCAGCUCCGCAGAAUCAAUGGCAUCAACAGUUGCCCGCGCGUCGUCAGGGGCAACGCAAACCGCUGCCCCCACCGACAGACGACUUCCGGGUCUUCGCCCGCCUCCGCCCCGGCCAUACCGCCGACAUGUCUCGAAGUUUCGCCGUCCGGACCCACAUCGCCGACAAGCUCGGCAUCGCCCGGAGCCGCAUCCCGGAAGCCCACCCUUGCAAAACCGGAUGGGCCAUCCGCGCCGCUGACGUGGCAACCAGGGAUCUUCUGACUGAACGGCAGGCCGAGUGGGCUCCGGACAUCUCCGCACAGAUCGUUGAAAAGCGACAGGAAUGGUACACGUAUGCGGUCCAAGGCUGCCCACGCCGCUUCAAAAACAUCUUUGGCGAAGCCAUCGACGACGAGAAGGCGAUCCGAGACGAGGUCGCCACGCAAACCGGCCAAACCCCGGAGAGGGUGAUAACUGCGAAACAGGACUCGGAUCAGCGCCCGACCCGGACCCUGAUCAUAUCCUUUGCCAAGGAGGUCAAGCACUACUGGCGCCUUUUCGACACGACGAGCUAUGCGAGACUCAUCGUCAAGACCAACCCGCCGAAGCAAUGUGAUAAUUGCUGGGACUACCAUUCACGCUACAGCUGCGGACGCCAGGCACGCUGCAAGAACUGCGGCAAGACUGGCCACGCCCAGGACACCUGCACUGCCACACAGCAAUGCGCCAACUGCCACGGGCCGCACGCGGUUGACUUUCCCCAGUGCCCGGCUCGCCCCAAGAAGGUGAACGGAGCAUUCCACAGCCCCAAUAGGCCCGAGAAGAAACUUGUCCAAAUCAUAGGCAAACGACUGUUCAAGCAGUUUACAGCGAAACCAGCAUCUCCACCGCGGGAUCAGUCCACGAGCCUCGAAUCCGACUCAGCGACAGCGAGCGACACUACCUCCCCGUCCAGCCGGAGCACACCGACGACAAGCGACGCAAUCACACCGGAGCCCGAGAGGGAAAAUAGUGCAUCACGCCCUAGCGAAACACCCUCCGCCUCUUCGACAGCUCCAGCUGCCCCGAAUAGCCAAGCAUCGCCGACUCCAAGCUCUGAAAGCUCCUCCAGCGGUAGGCAAAACACUGCAGCAUCGGCCAGCCCCAUCAAACCCACUUCAGCUACGCCCAUGAACUCCGCCGAUUCGGUACUCCUUCGAGCCUCGUCGGCACGCAGCGAAAGAAGUAAUUCCCCGCCCGUGAGGCAGAGCAUCGAGAUGUCUGAAGAACCGAACGAACGACAGCAUCGUGACAAGCGACUCUUCCGGGUCUUUCAAGCCAAUGUCGGCAAGAAUGGCCCCUCGCACGAUUGCGCACUCGCCCUUGCUGAUGCAGAACGAUACGAGGUCAUACUACUACAGGAGCCCUGGACGCAAGUCCGUGACUCCCGCUGCCUCACCAAGACACAUCCGGCGUACGACACCUACUCACCGGUCAGCACCUGGGAAGACAUCGACACCCGACCGCGCGUCAUGACAUAUAUUCGCCGGGGUGCAAGACUCUUAGCCGACCAGCAACGUCCCGCUCUCUCCCGAGACAUCCUCUGGAUUGUGGUCAAUGGCGUCACGCUGGUGAACGUAUAUCGGGAACCGAACGUGGACACCGCCCUUGAAGUCCUGUUCGCAUGGUCGAUACCGAGCCAAUGCAUCAUCGCAGGCGACUUUAACGCGCGGCAUCACACGUGGCAGGUUGGCCCCUCCCGCGGCCACGGCGGCCACAUCGCAGAAUGGGCCGCAGAAAACGAUUUAGCUCUUCUCAAUCCGAUUAACACGCCCACGAACGCCCACGGCAAUACCAUAGACCUGGCCUUCUCGAACAUUCUCGUAGCCGAGGCGACGGUGGAAGACCACCUUGCCACGAGCUCUGACCACUUCACCCUCAGCAUCUCUCUGCCGGCCCUCAAGCCAGCCACACUCCCGCCUGGAAAAAUUCUCCUCGCAAGCGACGAGGAACUGAAGCGGUUCACGGAGCUGGUUGUAUCAGGGGCCACAAUUAUUCCCCAGGCAGCAACAACGGCUGCAGAUCUCGACCGGCUCGCGGAUGCAAUCAUAGACCUCAUACAAUCCGCAGCUCGCGCGGCUGGCCGGCGAUCCCAACGCAGGCCGCGGAAAGCUCCCUGGUGGAACGAGGAAUGUGCCGCGUCUGUUGCGGAGCUCCGCUGCAUCAGACGGGCAUUCCCACUCGGCUUCAACCGCGACGUACAGCUCGCUCGUCGCGACCUGCGGCGUGUGGUGCGACGCGCGAAGCGGGCAUACUGGCGCGAACUGAUUGAUGGCGUGCGAAGCGACAAAGACGUUUUUAAGAUCACGCGAUGGCUGAAGCGACCCAGGGUGUUCCGCCCUCCCCCUCUACAGGUCGGCGAAACAAUCAUUGAGACUCAAAUCGGCAAGGCCGAGGCUCGACGGCACGCUACUCUCGAGCGCAGAACUGCAGACGACGACAUCUCCGACCCCUGGACGCCGUCAGAAGACACCCUACCCAUCCCUUUCUCGCCCAAGGCCCCCAUUGAGGAAGUCCAGGACGCUCUGCUGCGCACAGGCAACACGUCGCCAGGAUCGGACAACAUCACGGGGUGCCUGUCUCUUGGCUACCACCCUCUGAGGUUUAAAGAGGCUGAAGUGGUCAUGAUCGAGAAGCCGGGCAAGCGUGACCUUUCCAAGACACGUGCCUGGAGGCCAAUAUCACUACUCUCAUGUCUCGGCAAAGGACUUGAAAGGCUUAUCACUCGUCGCCUGGCUUGGGCCUCGAUACGAUACGGUAUCCUGCAUCCACAGCAGAUUGGCGCCCUACCAAAGAGGUCCGCAGUCGACCUAGUCGCCGCCCUCGUGCACGACAUCGAAACAGCUCUGGCCAAUGGCCAAGUCGCUACGCUAGUCACAAUGGAUGUACAAGGAGCUUUUGACACCGUCAUGCGUAACCGACUUAUCCUCCGACUCCGGCAACAAGGGUGGCCGCCGCAUCUCGUCAGAUGGGCCGGCUCCUUCAGGCAAGACCGCUCGGCCGCAAUCCGAUUCCAGGAUGUCACAACGCCAGCGUCGCCUCUUCGAUGCGGCCUCGCACAAGGCUCGCCUGUAUCGCCAAUUCUCUUCGCUCUGUACAUCGCCCCUAUCUACCGUCUCGGGAACUCAGAUGGUCGUUUUGGCUACGCAGACUACACGGCAAUGCUGCGCACCGGGCGAACGCUUGAAGAAACGACUGCUCUCGCGUCCCGAGAUAUGGAAGAACUUCUCGCUUGGGGUGACGCCAACGGCGUCACUUUCGACCCGGACAAAACCGAGGUGAUGCACUUCUCUCGGAAGAAGAGCCCCUCCCGGCCCUCCGUAUUCCAAUGCGACACCGAGAUCAAUCCUGGAGACGCAAUGCGCUGGCUCGGGCUUUGGCUCAACCGUAAGCUUUCCUUCAAAUUCCACAUCGACAGUUGGUCCGCCAAGGCCAGGCAAGUGGCCAACCUCCUCAAAGGCAUCGCCAACACCAAGCACGGUCCCCUUCCUGGCGCCGUUCGCAUGGUAGUCAAGGCGUGCGUCGAACCGACCUUGUACUACGGCGCAGAAGCGUGGUAUCCCGGAGAGGUGGCGCCAAGCGUUGCGAACCCGAAUGGUCUCGUGUCCACGCAGGUAAAGCACCUCAUGCUACGUCUGGAUACGGUCUUGAGACAUGCCAUCCGGGCUGCCCUGCCCCUGUGGAAGACGACCCCGAAUCCUGCCAUGCACCGCGAAGCAGGCACUCCGCCUGCGUCCAUUGCACUCGCCGCCCAGCAGAUUCGUUUCUCGGCGCGCUUGAAGUCUCUCGACGGACGCCACCCCCUUGUCAAACGGGCCUCGCAGAAACCCUCCCGGCCGCCCUCUCGGAUACAUAGCUCGAUCAAACGACGCUGGUUCAUCGAGCGAAACGUUCCAAUCAAGACUACAGCGCGCCGAGCAACUCCUCCCAAAAAUGUCAUCGCCCAGCGCUUCUGCGGCGUCACUACUCCGACACAGAAGCCGGCCCUCUUCAGACUGCAAGCAAAGCCGAUACCGCCGAGGUUUUCCUUAGAUGGCUCGGAACUGCCGCCGUAG